AUGCAUCUCCUGCGAGCCAUUUGUCUUCUGCCUUUACUGGUAGAGGUGCUGGUCGCUGCCAAUGCGGACAUCGUUGCGAUUCUCCAAGAGCUACCUCAGUGUGCAGUCAAAUGCAUCGCCCAGCGCGUGGAGAUGAAUAUCACGAUUCUACCCGAUCCAACCGUAACGUGCCGCAAUGAGACUCUACAGGUGACUAUUGCCUCUUGUGUUCUAGGUACAUGCGACUUCGAAGAGCAACAGCAGGUCAUACUAUUGAACAAACUACUGUGCAAAGGUAUUGCUCCAGAAAGCCGAGCCUGGCAAAUUGCUAUUGUUGGUCUGGUAUGCGGCUCGGUUGCUUUGAUUGCUGUCAGCCUACGGUGCUAUUGUCGACAUGCGAUUAAUAGGAGACUUGGCUUCGAUGAUUGGCUUGCCGUUGGGGCGGGGGCUCUAUUGAUCUCCUAUACCACACUUCAAAUAUACAACGGUCUUGUGAAUGGAUACGGAAGGCAUUUCUGGGACGUCGAUCAGUCCAAGAUGGUGGAGCUGCUGAAGAUUUUCUGGAUCGCCGAAAUCAUUUUCAUCUCAGCUUUGGCUUUUGUUAAAUCCUCCAUUCUCGUGUUCUACUUGCGAGUAUUCACGCCGCGAUGGUUUUGCAUACUUGAUAUUAUCACUUUAAUCGCAGUCGUCCUGUCGUGGCUGGGCACCACGUUCGCCACUAUCUUCCAAUGCAGUCCCAUGACUGCCAUCUGGGACCGGGCAGUUCCUUCGAAGUGUAUUGACGUCAAUUCUCUCUCCUACGCCACCGGUUCAAUUUCCGUUGUCCUGAAUCUGAUCAUCCUGAUCUUACCGAUCCCGUUACUCUUUCGGCUCCGUAUGGGCCUCAAAAAGAAAUUAAGUCUGUUGUUGAUGUUUGGCCUCGGAAGCCUGGCCUGCAUUACGAGUGGCAUCAGACUCAAGUACUUGAUAGCCUUUGCAACGUCGAAAGACCCGUCGUAUCUUCCACUUACGGGAGAUAACGCCGUGCCAGCGAUUUGGAGCUUCGUCGAACUAUGCGUCGCCUUGAUCUGCGCCUGUCUGCCAGCGAUGCGAGCACUUUUGUCUCGCUGGUUCCCCUCGAUUUUCGACCUGACUGCACCUCCCAGCACCAAUAUCAAACCAAUUUCAAGCUCGGCAUCCAAGAUCCCUUUCGAAAUCUCUACAGAAUCAGGUCUAGAUCUUAAAUUUAUCGAAAAGGCCCCCCCGUCAUAUUACACCAAGGGGGCCGCCAUCGUAUCAGACGAAAACUUUCUAUUUCACACCCCCUCUUCUGAAGUACUCCCUAAUCGACUAUCGAGCCAUUUCCAAGCACAGCUCCCAAUGCAGGGUAGGAGAGGCUCCGGAAUAUGGCCUCGACGCUUCCCUCCCGUCUUUUCCCAACUUUCACAGCCCUUCUCUCACGCCCGGAGCGGGUCCUCAGAUACCAUACCGGCUCAUCUCGCACGCCCCAGCACGCCACAAUUGUCCACUGCCCGUCAUUCCGGGGCAGAUUCCCAAGUCAGAAUGUGGAACAGCCCCACCUGUGACCACGAAGGCAAUUCUGACGAAGUCGUCGAGGUGGACAGUAGGCGUGUUCCAAGUCCUCGGAUAGCAUCCGAUUACCGUGUCAGUAUCGCAGAGAGCGAGACCAGUGUUUGGGCAUUGGAAGGGCCGAGGCUCAGUGAUCAGUUUUAUGGAGGUGCAAUCGAUAUCGAAGGGUGGCUUGAUCGUAAUGUGCACACGGCUCGACGGGCGUCUAUCUCGGAGGAUGAUUCGCCGAGGCACAGUCAACAGCUACAGUUUGCGGAGGAGGGGAUGGUGAUGAGGCCUGUGAGCGUGUCGUUGCCGACGAAGCAGAGGGGUGGAAGGGUCUUUGCAAAGCGUACGAGUGCGUCGUCAGGACCGGAGCUAUUGCCCCCCGUUCCGCAGGGUCUGGGUAGCUGCGAUGACUUGAACAGAUUCUGA